CAUCGGCCAUCUGUCCGUCCGUGUUGUGCUGUGUUGCUGUGUUGUUUGAGGUUAAACGUAGCUGUCAACCGGUUCUUUGAUAAUUGAACAAUCUUUUCAAAGAUCGAAGCUGCUCAUUUGCUUCAGCUCAACUUGAAAUUCAUCCUGUGGACGUAGUGUCACUGACGUACUAGCGCGAGCAUCAUGCCCGCCCCCGCCCCCGCCGCCGCCCCCGAGGGGCCGCCCCGCACAGAGCUGCAGGAGCUGCAGCUCAAGGCGGGGCAGGUCACAGAUGAGUCGCUGGAGAGCACUCGUCGCAUGUUGAUGCUUUGUGAGGAGAGCAAGGAAGCAGGCAUCCGCACAUUGGUUGCUCUGGAUGAUCAGGGAGAACAACUGGACCGUAUUGAGGAAGGAAUGGAUCAGAUCAAUGCAGACAUGAAGGAAGCUGAAAAAAAUUUGACUGGAAUGGAGAAGUGUUGUGGUUUAUGUGUACUACCUUGUAAUAAGUCUGCAUCUUUUAAAGAAGAUGAAGGAACCUGGAAAGGAAAUGAUGAUGGCAAAGUUGUGAACAAUCAGCCACAGCGAGUCAUGGAUGACCGCAACGGAAUUGGUCCUCAAGCAGGAUACAUCGCUAAGAUCGCCCCAAAUGAUGCCAGAGAAGAUGAGAUGGAGGAAAACAUGGGACAGGUGAACACCAUGAUUGGAAACCUUCGUAAUAUGGCUCUUGACAUGGGAUCAGAGCUUGAAAAUCAGAACAGGCAGAUUGACCGCAUCAACCGCAAAGGGGAGUCUAAUGAGACAAGGAUAGCAGUUGCUAACCAGCGGGCUCAUGAUUUACUCAAGUAAAUUCUUCCCACAGUACUGGGCAGCAAAUUAUCUGAUCUUUUCAUAGAAUUUUCAAAAUUGAUUUAGCUUUAACCAAUUAGCCUAUUAUAUUUUGUUAGUCUCUGCUCUGGAAAACAAUCUAUAAUUAAUGCAAUGAGUGUACUCAAGAAAGCUGUAUGAUACAGGCUGCCAUCAGCUAUUUUAGAUUUUAUUUCAUAUUAUGGGUAAGGUAUUGGAGCUGUGUACCUAAAGUAAAUGCUGGAGGCAUUAGUACUUUUAAACUUUAUAAAUUUAUUUGUAUUAUUACUCAUUAUCAAGGAGAAUGGUGCUUAAGCAUAUUGGCAAAAAUAACUUCUUCACACCUUCUCAUUUUAUACUCGUGGUACUUGUCACUUUUUGACAAAGACUUUGAGUGAAUGAUUUGAGAAUGUGAUCUCAAAUUGAUAUGAUAGGCAAUGUAAGUUUAGCAAAAUAACUUCAUAUUUUGAAUGUCUUUGUUGCUCUACUGAUGGGUUGUCCUGGGGAAGUGACAUUAGAGUCGCAUUGCAAAAAUCUGUCUCGCAUCCCAAUCCAUCAGUGGUUUUUUUCACUCUUAGUGAGUUUUGGUACUGAUAUUAAAGCAAUAUAAAUUUUGUAUGAGUACAAAUUUUGUCCCACCAUGACAAAACCCUCUUGGUCCUUAGGAUCAUUUUCUGCUGGAGUUCGGGUGUGGCAAAGGUGACAUCUUCCUUAAUUUUUGUAUAAUGAAACUUUUUUUCCUCUCCUGCAUGUAUACCAUAUACACAUGGGUUAGAUAUGUGUUACUGGUAACACUGUCAUUCAAACACUGUGACAUUACAUUUAAACAACUGAGAGUCAUCUCACAACGGUCAGAAUACUGUGUCACAUAUAGCUAUGCAUGUCAUGCACAUAGCCCGUGAGGGAAGAGCACAGGAAAGCUAAUUCAUGUUCUAACGAAUGUGACAUGACAUUAGAAUGUCACACAAUGUCAAACAAUUCAUUUUUUAUUGAAUGUAUCAUGAUAUCAUAGUGUUUGAAUAGCAGUGAAAGUAAAGGUGUCUGGUAAUCUGAAGAUUCUCUAGGGAGAGUCUAUGCAAUCAGCUAUUAUAGAUUUUAUUAAACGGGAAAGUCAUCCCAUGUUCAGGCACAAGGCAGGUUGCAUCUUGUGCCGCAAAGUAUGUUAUUUUUUUAUUUUUUUUAAUCCUGUUUUGUUAUUCAUGUAUUGAGUCUCCUCAGAUAGCACAUUCUCUGACUGCCGUUAGGGAAUGUUGAACUCAUACUAAUAUUGUCAAGUGAAGGUCAAGGUUUUUAUCUUAAAACUAACAUCCCCUUGCGCCCAGGUAAUCCUGGCUAUCCUCAGGGAAUCUUAGGAUUACCUCACACCCGUACUUUACCUGUAACAUGUAGAAACAACAGGCACUUUUUUUUUUCUUUUUUUUAACCUUUACUUAAUUUAGGCUUUGUUUGCAAUUUUGAUGAGCUACUAUUUUCAACCCAUUGAAAAUAUUAAAAAUUAGUUCUACCCAUCAAAGUUUUGUGCAUUCCACUUGAAAAAUGAUGUUUUCUGUAUGAUAUGUUUUUUAAAGGUGUCACAUUUUUGACCUUUUGUCAUUGACUUUGGCAGUAGGGAAAAGUACCUCGGUAGAGAUGCCAUUGUUGUUUUCUUCCAUUGGUUCAAAAUGGUCAAAAAAUUUAUUAACGACUAUUGAAAGGCCCCAAAUAUAUUCUAAAGAAAAGGCUUUGGCAUGGCACAGCUCUAAGCCAAUUAACUAUUGCCACCUACUUUGUCAAACCACUUACAAAUAUAAUUUUAAAUCUGAAAGAAAACAUUUAGGUAAGCUUGUGUUUCCAUGACUGUGCUUUAAUUAUGUAUCUUCUCUGGUAUAAAAGAAUUGUUUCCAUCUUAUAUGGGUAUCAGUUGCAUUCAAUACAUCUGUCAAUGUAGCUAUCAAAGUUGACCAAAGCAAAGUGCCUUUGAAGAAGCAGUUCGUUCUGAGCAAUCGAUUGUGUUGAGGUGUGCUCCCCUGUGUGCCUGUCAAGCAAACAUUUCCCUAUAUUGUCUCAACUAUCAGAACUCUUUAUUUUUUAUCUUUUUUGUUAUCAUGUUUUGGUGUAUUAUUGUUAUGUUGCUGUUUUCAAUUUGGACAUUGGCUAUCCAGGAGGAGAAACUUAAAAUGAUUGCAGGUUAAAAGUCAAUUUGUACAUGGAGUAAAUGUUUUCACUCCUCUACUAAUUAUCACAUUUCCUAAUCAUUGCGAGGUAUUUCAUGUACCACUUAACGAAAGUUUUGCUUUACUCCUUCUGUAUACAAUCAGCAGUUGUCCACAUUUCCCUAUCAUAUUCUAGUUGCCCGGCUAUUUUUUAUUCAUUUCGAUUUUGUUCUAAUUGUAUUGUCAGGUAUUGCCGUAAUUUAUUGAAGUUUAAAAAAAUAUUUUAUAAUAAUGUGUUUUAUCUUGUUAUUGUCUACUUUUAACAUGGGAAGAGAUAAUACAUAAUUAAAAUAAGCAUGUUAUCCAUUCUUUAGCAAGCUGUGAUAGGUUUCAAUUGUUUCAAUAUGAAUUAAAAUCAAAAAGUGGAUUUGGUGGCUGACAUUCAAUCUCUUUCCUCUUCAUCUCUUUCAUGUGUUUUGGGUCAAUCGGUUGCUUUUUUUUCUGUUCUAUAUCUUUAAGACUUUUUCUUUUGGUGGUUAUUGGGCAAUCCACUCUACUCUUUCAACUUUUAGUUGUUACUUAUUUCUUAUCUGUGGUAAUUGCAUUUCAUUGGCCACCAGCACUCUAUAUUGAAUGUUUGACUGUGAACUCUUCAUAUCUCUCAAAAUUGCAUGUAUAUCACAGUGAAAAAUUAAAUUUGUCUUUGAACAUAAUAAGGAAUAUUUUCACAAAGUAUUGCAGCAGGUAGUGGUAGUAAUUUUGAGAAAUUUCCCUGUUUAAAGGGACAGUUACAGUUGGCUGCCUAUGAUUGCGCCUCAACAAAAGCAAUUUUUUUCAUUAAUGUGAGUUGAAGUUGUUGAAAGCUUUAAGAGUUGUUUUAAGAAGUAUUAUUUAGGAGGGAGGACGGGGAGGCCUGGAUUAUUUUUGCUUAUAUUCCUUUUCCAAUAGAGGAUUUAUUCAUACAAAUUUUUCCAUCUAUCUAUCGUUAUAAUGAAAUUAACUCCCAUGAAUGUCCUGUUCAAAGUUCACAGUUUUAACUAGUUUGAACAACGCAUUCAAAAGUGAAAUGUAUUGACAAGAUACUCCCCGUGAUAUUUCCUAGUACUUAUGUUCCCUUCACCUAAUUCAAAAUAACAAACUCCUGUGUUUUGUAUGUUGGGUAGCCUUUGAGAUUAAUAAACUUAACUAUUAUGCAUGGAUAGAGUUAUAUUACAAAGUGUGAAGUGCAAACCACAAAACAUUUGUUAUCUGCUAAAAAAGUGACUUACCCAUUUUACUGCACUUAAUUACACAGCAGAGUAUUAAAUUCUUUAUAAUAUAAUCUAUUUGAAGAGGACGGGAGAUUAUUUAGUACGGUAUGUGAUAAGUUUGGCAUCCAAUAUGAAUUCUUGUAGUUGCAUAAAAGUCGAUAGAAGUAUGAGUUCACUGAAGUGCACACCUUGUGCCAAAUUAUACCUGUGAGCGUAAGAGGUGAUCAAUUCCGUUCAGUAUUGUAACAUACAUAAUAUAAUUGGUUGUGCUCGUACUAACAUUCACAAUUAGUAGAGCAAAGAUAAUCAAGGUGCUAGAACUGAUUCUAAUUGAAACAUCUUGGCUUGCAUCUUAUGUUGUGUCCCUUUAUGCCAGUGCUUCUUUCAUUAGUAAAUAUGUCUUCAAAGUCCUUUGUUUUCUUUAAGUUAUGUUUUCCUUUUGUUUUUUUUAAAGCAUUACCUACAGAGAAAGGGGAUAGGGAAGGUGAAGACCAAGAAAAAGUAAAAAGUAGGUAUGAUUGCUGAAUUAUUUGUCCAUAUAAUUAUCCACUUUUGCGAGACUUAAAAGGAAUAAAUCUGUUGUAGGUCUUGUUUAUGACAAUGUUAGAUGGCUACACAGAUAUGUGCAUGGGCCCAGGAGAACCUAGUUAUUUAACUAAUUAUAGUAAAGAUGAUGUGAUGCUAUCCCAAGCACAACAUUGCUGUUGGCUUCAACUUUACCACAGCAAGUGCAAUAACCACGUUGUUAAGUUUUGUGGCUGUUGAUUGUUUAUUGAGAGACUUUUAUAUAAACAUGACCUAUGCUUAGGAACACCUCAAAUUAAUAACAUUCUUUAAUUUGAUGAUUUCUUUCCAUGUGAUAUUGGAACUUUGAUGAGUUUUGUGUAAAGCAUCAUAUAAACACCUUGUGAAUCCCCAUAAUCUCUCUUAAAUUACACUUAGAAAGUAAAUCAUAUCUUCACUUUUAUGUUUUCCCAAAUUAACCACUCUCCUUCAUCCAAAUUCUUUAAAUGAUAUACCUUCAUUCCCUUGCCCCUUUUCCGCUGAAGAGUUUGAUCUUAUCUUCUUCUACUUCUUUACAGUGAUGUAUUCUACCUUAACUUUAUCAUUUAGAUUUUCAAGAAACAACCUUUCUCUAAAAUGCAAAUGAUACUUGCUAUGAUGUGUGCAAAAGUGGGCUUCCUCUUGAAACUUAUGUGGACUUAAAACUAAAGAUUAUUUGCUCAUGAAUGCUGAAGAAUCUAUCAUUUGAAGUUUUGCUUGUCAUUGCUUUUUAAAUCAGUGGAACAAUUGCAGUGAAGGAAUUUGCAUAUUUCAUUUCAGCUAUACACAAAAUAUAUUGUUCUAGUCUCUUCAGCAGUGUGCUCUCGUACUAUAUACAUAAGUUUGAAAACCAAAAAAAAAACAAAAGAAAAAAAAGAAACCUUUAAUAAUUCAGUAUGCAGAUCGGAACUUACUUUUCGAAAGAUAUCUUCAUCAACUUCAUAAACUUUAGUGUUACUAACUAUACCGAUUUAUUUUAUAAAUCCUUCGUGUUACUUGAAGAGACACGUGUUAGCAAGCUGGACAAUUUUUAUUAUUUCUCAUCUCUUUUUCUUGUACCAUAUCAAAAUCAGUACUUAAUAUAGUUUUAUAGCUCACCACUUUCUGUAUACUUUUGAGCCUCAAUAAACAAGUAUCAUAA